CAGAUGAAACAAAAGUCAGUAUAUUUCGGUGUUGCUCACGGUUAAACAUAGUAUCGCCCACGCCGCUUCGCCAAUCCUCUGAGCCAGAAUAUUCAGUUCCAUCUUCCUUCUCGACGCAAAUACACGCUCCAGGUUAACAAUGAGUCGUCUUGGAAGAACGAGGCGCACGCGCGUCUAUGAUUGCAAUUACAACAAGGGAGAGAGCUACUAUCGCCCAGUACUGGACCGCUUAGAUGGCAAGGUCCCAGUAGCCCGUGAGCCUGAGAAGGACAGCAUCAGGUCUGACGUGCAGAACCGCAUCAGGAGCGUCCUCGAUGACAUAGAAGCACCUCCAGCGGCUGACGAUUUCUUUGAUUCAAGGGGAGGCCGUGCGCAACGCGGAAGACCUCUCUCUUCUGCUUUUGAAGACGACGAACUCAACGAUGACAUUUCGGAAUCAUUGAAACGCCUCCGCGCCAGCAAGAAGGUAUCUCGUUUCUCUGACGACAUCGACUUCGAAAACAGCGUCACGAACAUCGAGAAUCGCAUGAAGAUUUCCGACAAGAUACUCGAGAGCGUUGGUAUUGGGCAAUCAGAGGUAUCCAGUGCUCGAAGGGCUUUAAAAGAAAACGAAGAUCGCACAGAGAAACGCAUUGCAAGACGAUUGAACGAGGAAAACGCACUCACCAAAUGGACAGCGGUGAAGGAUAUUGACGAGGAGACAGCUGCAGUACAAAGGGCGAGGGCGACAAGGGCCCGUUUGUCUGACCUAGAAGAUGAAAUGACGGAACUGAAUGAAAGAUCUGCAGCCAGGGAAAAGAGAGCCGCCCGCCUCAGAGCCCUCGUAGCUGACGCCGAAUCCAGCGAAACUUCCGUCGCUUCCUCCAAGGUCACCGUCCGUGCUGAACGAGAAAAGAAGCAAGUCACCUUUUAAACAAAUUAGUGAACUUAACUUACAGCUGAACUCUAACUAUAAACUCGUAGAGCUCAGUUAGAUUACACGAUGUUUUGCAUUUGUCAAUUAAAAAAGUUGAAGUUGGUGUCUAUUUUAUACUUCUAUAUAGAAUAAAAUUAUAAUUAC